AUGUGGAUGAUCAUCAAAACUGGCAUCUCACUCCCACUCGACGGCUUGGGGAAACUAGUUUCAUGCAAGAACUGGGAUGCAAGUCUAAUAAAGAAGGUUGAGGCCAACACCAAAGCUACAUAUACUCUUCAAUGUGGGCUAACAAAGGAGGAGCAGAACCGAGUUGGUUCGUUCGCAAGUGCCAAAGAUUUGUGGGAGAAGCUAAUCAAGAUGCACGAAGGCACCUCUGAUAUGAAAGAUGGUGAAUCGGCAAGUCAAUUGCACGCACGCAUCCAAGAACUCCUCAACGACCUCCACGCGAUUGGACAGGAGGUGGAGAAUCGAGACGUUAAGCAAGUGCAAAUUCACUUUCAAGCAAUGAACAUAGAAUGA